AUGAAGGCCGAAAAUUGCACAGACGAGGUAUGCUCGCUCCGGAGAGCCCGGAAUCUUAGUGCACAGGCCAGUGACAAAAAAGAGGAUUCGAGGCCUACUGACCUGGCACUUGACGUGAAGGGCUUGUUUGUUUCAAUUUUGAUAGCCAUAUGGCUCGGUACCUACCAUGUGCAGGCCGCAGCUGUCUUUGCACAUUUCAUGGUGACGAACAGUCAGAAUUUCACGACCUAUGACUGGGAAGCCAACAUGGUCAAUGCCCAGCAAGCUCACAUUGAUGCCUUUGCCCUGAAUAUGGCGUACGCGGACUCCACAAAUGAACCUUCCCUAGUGCAUGCUUUUGAGGCGGCCGGCGUGGUGGGCUUCCAACUCUUCUUUUCAUUUGGCUAUGCAGGAAAUGGCCCCUGGCCGAAGAGCGCCGUCAUUGACCUCCUGAACCAGUAUGGAGCAAAUGAGCAUUACUAUCGAUACAAGGGGAAGCCUUUUGUGUCGACCUUCGAAGGGCCUGGCAGUGCUUCGGAUUGGAUCGAUAUCAAGGAGCAGACUGGGUGUUACUUUGUUCCUGACUGGUCCUCUGUCGGUGCCAAGGCGGCACUCGAGGCUUCUCCAGGGGUUCCCGACGGCCUCUUCUCUUGGGCGGCGUGGCCGUGGGGACCGAAUGAUAUGGAUACCUACGUGGACGCUUCUUACAUGCAGUAUCUGAAUGGGAAACCGUACAUGAUGCCUGUCUCGCCCUGGUUUUACACUGCUCUCCCGGGAUAUAAGAAGAAUUGGCUCUGGAAUGGUGAUCGUUUGUGGUUCGACCGCUGGCAGCAAGUGAUGUAUCUCCAGCCUGAGUGGGUGGAGAUCAUCUCAUGGAAUGAUUAUGGCGAGUCCCACUACAUCGGGCCAUUGUUCGACAACGCCUACGCCGCUUUCGACAUCGGCGAGGCUCCGUACAACUACGCUGCCGGAUAUCUGCACGAUGGUUGGCGGGCAUUUCUGCCUUACCUGAUUGAUCUUUACAAGACAGGCACGGCCACAAUCACCCGGGAAGGCGUGCAGGUUUGGAACCGCGGAGCUCCCGCUGCAGCUUGCACCAACAAUGGGACCACUGGUAAUACCGUGAGCCAGUUCCAGAUCGAGUUCCCCCCGGUCGAGAUUCUCCAGGACAGAGUCUUUUACUCCGCCCUCUUGAGGUCUCCGGCUGAAGUCACAGUCAGCAUCGGCGGGGUGGUCCAGCAGGGGAGUUGGUCCAAUGCUCCAGACGGGGGGAUUGGUAUUUAUCAAGGCAGUGUCCCCUUCCACGGGAGGACUGGUCAGGUCACUGUGACGAUCUCGCGCAAUGGUGCUGUGGUCAUAUCUACGGACGGGAUCUCCGUCGAUCCCACGAAUUGUCUGUUAGGUAUCCAGAACUGGAAUGCCUGGACUCUUGCCUCGUUCACGGACGACCCCAUCUCCGCCACUCCGGAGUUGAACAUCGGGGAGCAAGUCUGCGUCAACGGAACCGGACCAAUGAACUUUGCCAGUCUCUGCGGAUUCAGCUGCUCUUAUGGGUAUUGCCCAGUGGGGGCGUGUGUCUGCACCGCCAUGGGCAAACAGAGAGCCUUGCCCAAGGCUACCGGAAUCAAGGGCUAUCCUUUGGCCGGCGAAGACGCGAGCUACAGUGGCCUGUGUGAUUUCAACUGCAAUUACGGUCAUUGUGACCCCGCGGCAUGCGGUACCAGUGAGGUUCCGUUGACGAUCCCCACGGUCUCGGACUUCUCACCUCCAGCGUGUAUCAGUGGGACGGGCGAGGGGAAUCUGGCAGGUCUCUGUGCUUUCAGUUGUGGGUUUGGCUUUUGUCCGAUCAACGCCUGUACCUGCACGGGCCAGGGCGCCCUGGUGCUGCCCCCUCCCAGCCAGAAUGUGAGCGGCUAUGCAGGCACGGGGCUGGAUGCCCGGGUGUAUGGGCCUCUCUGUGACUUCACCUGCAGCCAUGGCUAUUGUCCGGAAGGGGCCUGCGCCACCAAUCCAUACGGCAGUCCUGAUGGCGCCUCUCCGGGCCAGGUAGGUAUCAAACCACUUCCCUGCACCUCCCUCACCCCGACGGCCACGUUUACCCUCUCGGCCCAGUGCACCGACGGGGUCCUCCUUCUUCCCUCGAGUGGACCGGACGCUUCCAGCAACAAUAUUCCAGCCGGCUCCCCCGCGGUGUGCCACGAGGUGUGUGACUUCUUCCGGCUUCUGACGGGCACCUGUUGUGGACAAGGGGAAAACUUCACCAACCCGGUGGAGAUUCCACCCGGAGUCGUGAUUCCGCUGGGAAUUCCACUUUACCCUGGCUAUCAGCCGAAUAUUCCCAUUGUGAUUCCCGUGCCCGGGGGCUAUGACCCCGACGGGGUGUUUGGAAAUCCGUCGCCCAGCUCCUCCACGACCAGCACUGCCGUGGCUCCCCUGUUCACGACAGCCUUCACCACCACGUACACCACGCAGUCUACAUUUCCGGUCACCCAGACCGGCCAAGAUGGUCAACUAGUCACCACCACGAUCAUCACGCCGAUCGUCACCACCGCCACCGUGAUCACCACCUCCUCCUCUGCCGCUGUCGGUUCCCAUGUGACUGGUAGUCAUGAGAGUCGGACCCCCCGCAAAACAUGCCGGUCCAUCGGGCCAGGAAUUUCCCUGACCACAUUCCUGCCUCACGUGCCGUUACCGUCCGCGAUCACCCUGCCGGCCGGCAUGUGCUUGCCAGGCGUGAUCCCACUGAAGAUUCCUCCGCACCCCCUCCCUAAUACAGAUCCCCCGUGCUAUAAAAAGGACUGUUCGCCCUGUGGGAACGGUGCAUGCGCGGGGGAUCGGUCAUCUUCUGGCUCCGACACGGGCUCGACCAACUCCUCCGAUCCCGACGAUCCAGAGGAAUGCACGGAUCCUAGCGAGGCCCCGAGCCAGGCACAGGGCACCUGUGGGAAUGGUAAUUUCCCUCUCUGGGAUUCUGAUACGGGAGAAAUCAGCUGUGAGCUUCCCCUCGAUGAGGCUCAAACCCAGAUGUCAGACUGCCAAAAGGAUGCGACGGAUAAUCUCAACGAAACCCUGGAUGAAAUCGACUGUUACGCGGACACGUGUGGCGGGGAACUGGCCAAGCGAGGCAAAACCCAAUGUCCUCAGCCGGACUCGUAUAAACCACCGGGCCCGAAUGACAAGUGUGACGCGAUCUUCCACUGCGAUGUUGACAAAUGGCCCAAUGUGUGCAACAAUGCUCGUUCGGCCAUGGACAAGAAGAACGCCGCUUCCAUCCUCACUUACACCCAUCGCAAGAAUGGGCUCCACAACACCGCGGGAUGGCUGCAGACACACGGCCUCGGCAAAAACGAAGGCGGCGCCCAACGCAAUGACAGACGGGUCUUCAAAUACCCUCCAAAGACCGUCACUAGGUCUGGAUGGGGUCUCAUGGGCUGUGAAGUGGAAGAGUAUCCGUUCGGCAACAGCAUCAGUGCAAUCAAACAAGAGGCCAAUUAUUACGAUCGGCCGACUUUGCGUCUCAUCCCUCAGAAAGAGAACUCCAAUCAUGGGGAGGAGAUGCGCAAGUUCUUACAAUACCUCCAAAAAGUCCAGAACAUAAAACAACCUGUCUAUUGUGUCGAAGUCUCGAGCGGUACAGGCCAGGCGCUGCCAACAGACUAUUGCAUUAGCGAGUGGCUGACUUGUGAGAACAAAUGUGCCCAAGCAUAUGGACCAAGCUUCAUUUUAGUCAAUGAUGUCCUAGAAGGCGAUGCAAAAGCCGCCGCCAAGGCAGGAUAUACGAACAUGCAAGAAUGGGACCUGUGGUUCGAUGACCCCGCUUAUCCGGACCGGAAAUGGGCCCACACCUUGAGUUGGGAUCCGGCCGGCUUGGCACUCCCUAACCCAGUGUAUCAAGCGGUGACAUCGACCCUGCCACCUCGAUUUCCUCCUUCCUUUUCUGUGAAUAAGCAGGAGCCUUCGGGCCCUGGACAAAAGAUCUACAUUGGUGAAUUCCCAUUCGGAUCGUGGGAGCUUGAGUUCGUGGAUCGUGAAGGAAAGACUAGGACGGUUGGCACCCCGAAAGCGGUAGUACCGCAGCCGGAUGGCAGCCAUCUCAUCUACGAUGCGCCGCCUAGUCAAAAGUUCCCUUACCGACGCAAGCGCGACGUGAGCCUCAACCAAACUGCAGAGCGAAGAUCGUACGAGAGCAUCCAUUCUUUCAAUGCCUCCAUGGUUAUCGGAAAUGAGCUUCACGAGAUCAACGGACUAUCGCGUCGCACUGAUCCUUCAGGGAUUAGUUUCCUCGACUCCCGGGUCUACACUGAGGUUCUGGGCUGUCGGUUGGAUUCGGAGAUGGAGCCUUGCUCGGACUGUGAUCUCCUCGGAGGACCCGCCCCGAUUCCUGCAGGUUCAGGGAGAGAUGAGCCCACUGCUAUCAGUACCAGCAUAGCGAGCCGUCCUACUACGACCACGACCGCUAAAGCCCAAUCCUCAACUGAUUCAACCUCAAUCCCUACUUCCCAGCCCACGAACGGCGUGAGACUCGCGAGCUUCUUUUUGACGGUAUUUGAGUCGGGCUCGUCGUGGAUUUACGAAUGGAACAUCCUUGAUGUUAUAUCGGGUCAGACCUUUGACCCGUGCAACACAAAUCCCGAUAUUGGGGCGUCUGCCAACACCGUCUCUCCUAAUCCGGACUUUCCCAGCGCCGAUAUCGGACCCUUCCAGUCGCAUGGUAUCUCAGGAUGCAUUUAUACGGCAGGUGAAGAUAAUACUGUUGGCACGAUGACCUGCCCAGGGGUGAAUAGUAUCACUUGUCAAAAGGAUAGUGGUUACAAUACAGCAUUCGACUGCGUACCUGCUAUCAUGACUUACGUCUUUUCGUGUCGGUGGUAG